AUGAGGUCAAAUGAUAAUCACACUGUUGCCAGCUUUAGUCGUUUCGGCAUUGUCGCUGGUGAUUUCAGGCUUUCGUCGCCAUAUUUCAUCGCGUUCGGUGUCUUACUACUAGAGUCUUUGUAG